CCGCGCGCAGCCGCAGUACAUGGUGUGAACCGACGGAUCAGGUAAGCGCUGUUAAUUCAGCCUGUCUGCGACGCAACAACAGGUGAAUGAAUGACAGCGACGGAGGCUUUAAUCGUUUAUAGCCACUACAUCAAGGAAAUAAAGAUGUGAUGUGGAAUAUUUUAGUCGGAAUUGUCUGGCUGUAAAGUUGGGACGCGUCGCGGACACUUGUCCGAGUUACUGCAGAGAAUCCAUUUUUAUUAUGAAGCUUUUUCUUUCCUUGCUGCCAAAAGGAGAUUGUGCUUUUAGUGGGAAUUAAGGUACUGAGGUCAGACAUGUUGUCAGGGGAGGAAAUCUUAUGCAGCACCCAGCAGGUGAUCGCAGGGCUGGAGGCUUUGCGUGGAGAGAACCGCACGCUGCUGGAUAGCCUGCAGGAAACACUCCAGUGCCAGACAUCCAGCGAGAGCGGCAGCCUGGAACAGGAGAAGACCAGCAUCAUUUUAGAGUCUCUAGAGAGGAUUGAGCUGGGCUUAGGAGAGGCACAAGUAAUGAUGGCGCUGUCAGCACACCUGGGCUCCUUGGAGGCAGAGAAGCAAAAGUUGCGUGCUCAGGUGCGAAGGUUGUGCCAGGAGAACCAGUGGCUGAGGGAUGAGCUGGCCCGGGCCCAGCAGCAGCUACAGGAGCGAGAACAGGAAGUGGUUACCUUAGAGGAGCAGAACAGACACCUGCAGUUCAUGAGCAGCAUCCGCAAGUACGACCACGAAGAGCCGUCUCUGGAGGAUAAAGACGCUUCUUCAGGGAAGGAGUCCCUUGAUGAUCUCUUUCCUACUGAAGAAGAGGAGCAGUCACACAUGUCUCGGCCACACAGUAGUGCCGCUGCUGCUGCCCAGCAGGGAGGAUAUGAGAUCCCUGCCCGACUCCGAACGCUCCACAACCUGGUGAUCCAGUACGCCUCUCAGGGCCGCUACGAGGUGGCUGUGCCACUCUGCAAGCAAGCUCUGGAGGACCUGGAGAAAUCCUCAGGCCACAGCCACCCAGAUGUUGCCACCAUGCUCAAUAUCCUGGCUUUAGUGUACAGGGAUCAGAACAAAUACAAGGAAGCUGCCAAUCUCCUGAAUGAUGCAUUGGCCAUACGUGAGAAGACGCUAGGCAUGGACCAUCCAGCUGUGGCCGCUACUCUGAAUAAUCUGGCCGUGUUGUAUGGAAAAAGGGGGAAGUACAAAGAGGCAGAGCCACUGUGUAAAAGAGCUCUGGAGAUCAGAGAAAAGGUGCUUGGGUUGGAUCACCCUGAUGUAGCCAAGCAGCUGAAUAACUUAGCCCUCCUAUGCCAGAACCAGGGCAAAUACGAGGAGGUGGAGCAGUACUAUGAACGUGCCCUGCAUAUUUACCAGAGCCAGCUGGGUCCUGACGAUGCCAAUGUGGCCAAGACAAAGAACAAUCUGGCCUCCUGCUACCUCAAGCAGGGUAAAUACAGGCAAGCUGAGGCUCUUUAUAAAGAGAUUCUGACUCGUGCUCAUGAGAAGGAGUUCGGCUCAGUGGAGGGGGACGGCCGGCCAGUUUGGAUACAUACAGAGGAAGGAAGCUCUAGACAGGAUGGUCUGGGAAGUCUGAAGCGCAGUGGAUCAUUUACCAAGCUCCGGGAAUCCAUAAGACGAAGCAGUGAAAAACUUGUUCGGAAGCUGAAAGGAGUUGGACCACAAGAAACGACCCCUCGAGCUGCUGGGAUGAAGCGAGCCAAUUCUCUCAAUGUGCUUAAUGUGGGUCUUAAAGAGAAUCAAGAGGGUGCUAUGAAGCCCAAUAGGCUGACAGACACACGGGGUCUGAGUUCCAGCACGCAGAGUUUAGCCCGCCGCGCAUCUCUGGGUGGAGACAGCUAACCUUCAGCCACACCAUAUGACAUCAGGACUGUACUGGUCUGUAAUUACUGCAGAGAUCAUAUUUGACAAUGAUAUGAGAAAUAGUAUGUGACAAUGAAUGCAGGCCUCCCUGAGGCACACACGUCAAAGCAGUCUGUCAAAGUGCUCCUGGGAAAGGGAAACACACUUUGGCUUUACAAAAAGAAGAAGCUUUUUUUACUUUGUUGAAAUCAGUUUGAUCUCUGUAUUUUUUUAAAAGCCAGUUGCAAUAUAAAAAGUCACAGAAAAUCUUAACUUAUUGCAUUCCAAAGCUAUGACCAGAUUGAGGUUUUGCUAAUACAAUCCAAUAUUAAUACAUAUUCAUUCCUAAGAUUACUAUAAUUUUACCACAACCUUCAUCAGGAUGCAGUUUUGUCACAUUUACUGUUGCUUGGCAAAAUUUUGCUGGCGGAAUACAGUUGUUACAUUAUAUGAUCACACUCUUUAUUCAUGCAUGACAAGACACAAAAGAGAACGCAGUGUGUUACUGGCACGCGCUCUCUGUGAAUCUCCUUUGUGACUUACACACGACUUGUGCGCACAGAAAGACGCUUCGGACAGCGCUUAGACAAAAACACAAAAUGAUGGCAAAAUGCCUGUUUCUCUAGUAUCCUCGCAAGCAGUCUUACAUGAGUUAAAAAACGGGAUGCGUGUUAGAUCCGCGUCAGGUCUAAAAGUGACAGCAUCCUAAUAAACCUGCCGUUGUCUGUCAUUUAAAGGCACAAUAUGUAAGAUUUUUGGAUUAAAAUAUCCACAAACCACUAGAACAAUGUUAUAUAUUUUGUUGACUUGUGUACUUACAUUAUCUCAAAUAGCGAAAUACACAGAGUAGCAUUAUAACAACUUUCCAAAACCUGUUAGACCUACCUAAAAAUCUUAAAGCACUGUUUACAAGAUUACAUGGGUCAAAUGUGCAAUUCAUUAGUUGAUUUUUUUUUUUUUGAACCGAUUCACAGCACUAAAUUUCUAAAUUUCAGUGACUACACCUUAACACUGUUUAUUUUGAAUAUUGUAGCAUUAUUUGAAAUACAUUUCAUGUUCUCACGCCGUCAUGCAGUAAAAUUAUAGUAUUGGAAUUGAACCGUUUCAAUUGCGCGCAAAUCGGAUCUAAACGCACUGAAAAUUCCUAAUUAAAGCUACGUGAUGUCACAUUCCAAGAUGAAUGGAACAUAUUUAUGAAGUAAUGUCAAACAAUUGUGGUACUUACUUGUGCCUAUAAAAUAAGGGACUUUUUAUUUUUCAAUUUCAAGCACAUAUUGUGUGUAUAUAUAUAUAUAUAUAUAUAUAGUCGAUAUAUGCUGUAUUAUUGUUUUAGUUUUAGCACUCAUGACAAUAGGAAGGAUUUUAUAAGAACAGAACUUCAGGGUACAAGGGUAAUAUACAGUAUAUAACUUGAAUCUAGCUAGUGGAAAUAGCUAUUGAGAGGUAAAGGCAUUUGCACCUGGAAAUCAAUGAGUUGUUACUUAACUUUAACAGUUGUGCAUGCGAUAUGGUUGAAUGUUACAUAUCCCAUGAGCUUAGAGAGUAUAUUUAUGUACACAAUGUUGCUGAUGAACCAAAUAAAAUUGUUCUACCUCUGUCUUAAUCAAAA